AUGGAAACGACGACGAGCGAUGUUGCCAUGUUAGAUGCGGAGUUGCUUCAGCUACCAGAGGUUGCUCCUUUAGCUUUCAAAUCUUACCCUGACUUUGCGCAAAAACUCUUCGAUCAGUGGCUCGCUCUUCCCGAUGCCAAUAAGCUGGAAAGCAGUUUAACAAUGAUGCUUGAAACCUAUAUCGGUUUGGCGUCACAACAGAAGUCCAAUAGAAAAGUGAAAGACAAGUCUAAUAGAAGUGUGACAUCCCUGAUUAAUGAUGCCAAGACAGGCGCUCCCUUGAAUGUCUCUGGAAACUCAUCUAGUGCAAAUGCUUCCACUGGCAAUUCCUUACCUUCUAUGUUUCCUGCGGGGAGUACACCGCCGCUUUCUCCCAGAAGUUCAACCGGUUCCCCUCGCGUGACAAAACAAAGGGCUGGCCCUUCUAAUUUAGGGUCUCCUCUAAAAGUAGUCAGUGAGCCAGUAAGGGAGUUGAUACCACAGUUUUAUUUUCAAAAUGGUCGUCCAGCGCCAAAUGAACUAAAAGAACAAUGCUUGAUUCGGAUCAAUCACUUUUUCUAUGGCCACUCGGAUGGAAUGCAGAUACAUGAGUUCAAAUCAGUCACAAAAGAAGUAUGCAAGCUGCCGUCAUUCUUCUCCACAGCUCUAUUUAGAAGGAUUGAUGUUAAUACCACCAAUUUUGUGACAAGUUUGAUAGUAGGCCCGGAAUUCAAUUCCUUGAUUUUGGCAGAUCAAGAAAUCAAAGUCAAUACACAAGAUCUGGCUGUUGGUUUACCAGUUGGAAUUGUGGUGGACCAUGUUUUUUUGCUUUUUGUGGCGUACAAUGGACUUGUUCUUGAUGCAUUUGGUGGUUUUAGGGAGGAGGAAGGAUUGGAUGCUUUUCUUGAUUAUUGGAUAAAUGGCAACAUGUUGACAUUGGAUAUAGCAACCCAAAUAUUUACAAUUUUGAAGCAACCAGAUCUCAAAUACCUCACCCAGGAAGACUUUAAACCUGUGCUUCGAGAAUUACUGGCAACUCAUCCUGGAUUGGAGUUCUUACAGAGCACACCCGAAUUUCAGGAAAGAUAUGCUGAAACUGUAAUAUACAGAAUUUUUUACUACAUAAAUAGAUCCGGGGAUGGUCAUCUUUCCCUCAGGGAGCUGAAACGUGGAAACUUAAUUGAUGCAAUGCAACAUGCAGAUGAAGAAGAGGAUAUAAAUAAAGUUUUGAGGUACUUCUCUUAUGAGCACUUUUAUGUGAUAUACUGCAAGUUUUGGGAGCUUGACACAGACCAUGAUUUUCUUAUCGACAAAGAGAACCUUAUCAGAUAUGGGAACCAUGCACUUACCUACCGGAUUGUUGACAGAAUAUUUUCCCAGGUAGCUAGAAAAUUUACUAGUAAGGUUGAAGGAAAGAUGGGAUAUGAAGAUUUUGUAUAUUUCAUACUCUCAGAGGAAGACAAGUCAUCUGAGCCUAGUCUUGAGUAUUGGUUCAAGUGCAUAGAUUUGGAUGGAAAUGGAAUUCUGACACGGAAUGAGAUGCAAUUCUUUUAUGAGGAGCAAUUGCAUAGGAUGGAAUGCAUGGCUCAAGAGCCUGUGCUUUUUGAAGAUAUAUUGUGCCAGAUAAUUGAUAUGAUUGGACCAGAGAAUGAGAGCUAUAUCACCCUCCGUGACCUGAAAGGUUGUAAACUUUCAGGAAGUGUUUUCAACAUCCUUUUCAACCUUAAUAAAUUUAUGGCCUUUGAAACCCGUGAUCCGUUUCUCAUUCGUCAGGAGCGUGAGAAUCCAACAUUGACUGAGUGGGAUCGCUUUGCGCAUAGAGAAUAUAUUAGGCUUUCGAUGGAAGAAGAUGUUGAAGAUGCUUCUAAUGGCAGCGCGGAAGUUUGGGAUGAAUCACUUGAGGCUCCAUUCUGA